UUGCUUCGAACAUCUGAUUGUGCCGCAUGUGCAUAUGGCUGGAGAGCGUGUCUAGCAGCUACCUAUCUGAGUGAUGUUAUAUCUUAGUCCAAGUUGAUACUUUUUUUCAUACGGCGUGUAAAUUUUAAUCUCGAAAAAAAAAACGGUGCCGCGUUUUAUCUUGUGGACGUAAAUUUCGUGCUCCAGUGCCCAAAUUUGGUGUUUGCAGUUCCCUCCCCUUUGGUGGUGAAACUGAAAAUCGCAUUUCCUGUCUGGUCUCCCCGGUUCUUCAGCAUAACAACGUUCUGGUUCAACAUAGAAUACAGUAGUGCUGCUAGGCGCGUUUCAUGCGGUACAAACUCAUUAUUUGUAAGAGAAUCCUUAUUUGAAAAUUUGUACAAAAUUGCAAACUGCCAUUCUGUCGAUCUAACAGUUAAACGGGAAGAGUUGAAUGUGAGCAAACAAGAAGUUAAAAAAAUCAAUGCGAUAAUCAUCUUUCUGCCAACAACGGUGACAAUCGCAUAUCUAGUAUAAAGCAACUGCAACAGCCAGAGACCCGUCCGGCUCCGGAAUUGGCUGCUUCGUGGAAAAUCGAUAUCAUUAAAUCGUGCCGCAUUCGAGCAGCCUCCCCAGUUUGAACGAGAGAAGAAUCUUUAAUGCGGUUUGCAUGUGCGUGUUUUGCUUUGUCAUCUAUUUCUGUAACAUUUUUUGAUCUGAAACUCCAGAGUGAAAUUCCGUAUAAACAAAUCGUUUGAUCGGAAGUGCCAGUGUUGUAGCUAAAUGAAAGUGUGUGGAAAUUUCCUAUGGUCAAGAAUAGUGUGAAAAAGCAAGGUUGUGGACAAGCUAAUCAUCAAUCUGUAAAGAAUAGGAACCGUGCGGAGCCAGCCAACGAAAGAGAGAGAGAGAGAGAAAGGUACGACAUAACAUCCAAGCAAACAGAGAAACUGCUGGAGCUGGACUGGCUGGCGGCUUUCGACGACCUAGCCUACUGCGGCGAACUGAGCCGUGUGACUCACCCAAACAAGGAAACUUAAUCAUAAUCUUGAACGCCAUAACUAUGUAUUGCAACCACUGGACUGUUUGAACAUCUUCAAUUUCUGCUGAGCGGGCGUAAGCUGAACGGGUAUUCCAGUUUGGACUUCUUUAUUAUGCCUAUAUCUGAAAAAUCGCGACUCAAUCCUUUGAAUGCCAAAAAGCCAACUCCUGUCACACCAAAUCCGUGGGUUACGGGCGGUCCUCCCGGUGGCAAGGACGCCGUCCUGGUGUUCCGAACCAGUGCUUUGUCCCCAGUGAAUUCCAGCGCCGAUAUUUCGGAGACGGGCACAUCCUCGGGGAUAUCCGUUUCUUCUGACGAUACACCAACUAUAGCAGCUGCCUCGAGUUCAACGGCGAACUCGACCAAAGAUCCUACCGGAAACCCUAGUGAUAAGAUAGCCAAUCACUCGAAAGUACUCGCAUCACUGCCUAAAAAUUUCAAUGUUCAACGAAAAUCAACUAGUAUUAGUAGCGCCACUAGCAAUGACGAUGAAGAAGAAGAUGGAGAGGACGACGAAGAUGAAGACGAUGAUGAUGACGAGGAGGACGAUGACGAGGCAGAGGGAGAAGCAGAAGGCGAUGAUGAGGAUGACAAUGAUGAAACGGCCACUUCGCAGGACGAAGCUGGGCCAUCCGUGCCGAAUGGUAACGACAAUAAACCGAUAAAGCGUCAGCUGGAGUCGUCCUCUUCUUCAAGCUCACUGAGUAACACUUCGGUCACCGGUAGGGAAGGUGAUGAGAUCGAUCCGGAUCUGCCAACGUCCAAGUCGGAACCGUUGCUGGCAGUGGUAGAUAAAAAGCUGGCCCGAAAGAAUCAGGAAAACAAAGAAAAUCAAAGCGUGAUCAAAACUGAAAUGCCUGCUGCACAACUGAAUAUAUUCUACAAGUUUAUCAAUACGGAAACGCGUCUACUCCGAAAGAUAUUGAAUGCCCACGGAAUGGGAGAAAGCGGUUCCGAUAGCAAUGAUUUCAACCUCCUAUGGACGGGUAUACAUCUGAAGCCUGACAUACUGAGGAAUUUGGCGCCGUAUCAGAGGGUUAAUCACUUUCCAAGAUCGUACGAGUUGACUCGUAAGGACCGGCUAUAUAAGAAUAUCGAACGGAUGCAGCAUUUACGUGGCUAUAAGCAUUUCGAUAUCGUACCACAAUCAUUCCUGUUGCCCCAGGACUACAAAGAACUCAUCGCUGCCCACAACAAAUGUCGCGGCCCGUGGAUCGUGAAACCGGUUGCGUCCAGCCGGGGACGUGGUAUUUUUAUUGUGAACUCACCGGAUCAAAUUGCCUCGUACGAGCAAGUGGUGGUCGCCAAAUACAUUACAGAUCCACUUUGCAUUGAUGGUCAUAAAUGCGAUAUACGGUUGUAUGUAGCCGUGACGUCAUUUGAUCCCCUGAUCAUCUAUCUCUAUGAAGAAGGCUUGGUUCGCUUGGCUACAGUCAAGUAUGAUCGAGGUGCUGAAAAUCUUUGGAAUCCUUGCAUGCACUUGUGCAACUACAGCAUCAAUAAGUACCACACAGAUUACAUAAAAUCUAGCAAUGCCGGCGACGAAGAUGUUGGCCAUAAGUGGACACUGAGUGCUUUGCUUAGGCAUUUGCGUAGCCAAGGGUGCAAUACAGAGCAGCUGAUGUUGAACAUCGAGGAUCUUAUCAUUAAGGCUAUUUUUUCCUGUACGCAACCAAUCGUUUCGGCGUGUCGAAUGUUCGUGCCGCAUAUCGGAAACUGCUUUGAACUGUAUGGGUUUGAUAUAUUGAUAGAUGACACACUGAAACCGUGGUUGCUGGAAAUUAAUCUGUCGCCUUCGCUUGGCUGUGAUACUCCUUUAGAUACGAAAGUAAAGGCAUGUUUGCUAACCGAUUUACUUACAAUGGUAGGUAUACCAGCGAUUAGUCCGCUGCAGAAAGCAUGUUACGAUAGCAAAGGACAGAAGAUUAGAAAUCUUUCAACGCCUUAUCGUCGAGUAAACUCGGCAGAUUUUGUGCAUAGCACUGGAACCGGUAUUAAAAAGGACAGUUCUAAUCAAGGAGAUUCGAACAAAAAGCUGCUAACGACACUUAGUGCUUUGACGGCGGAGGAGCUGAAGAUCGUUCGCUGUGCACGAUCGCAAUACGAACGUCGAGGUGGAUUCGUAAGAAUAUUCCCUACCAGCGAUAGUAUGUCGAGAUAUGCGUCGUUUAUGGAUCCGGUCACUGGUAUUCCUACUUCAGCUGUUACGUCAUCGGGUAGUGGUUCAUACCUGAUGAUUAUUCCACAUAACUACAAUCAAAUGUUGCAUUCCCAGCUGUUUCCCCAGGGCAGUGAUUUAGAGAACAGAAUCGUGCAUCGUAUUCAGAAAUAUGAAAGAGCACUGGAAAGCACGCUUCCGAUAACAAUUGGUCCGAAGCAUACGGCCCCAAAAUGUGUCGAUGAGGCUAAAAGAUUGAGAAUGCAGAUAAGAAAGUUGAUCGAAAAUGGGCAUGAGCUAAGUAUUUUGCAAGCAAGGCGAGCUUUUGGACUGUAUCUAGAAUAUAUCCUCAAGCGGCUUUCUUCAGAACCGAAGCACAGCCAUGAAGAGUUGGUGAUGAAGUUCUUGUAUCGAGUAGGAGCCCAUAUGAAGACUCCAUUCUUUUUCCGAAAUUUCGGCAACAAAGCAUUAGGGAAAGAUCGAGGGGCGAUGGUUGCUAAACAACUAGGAGAUUAUCUACACUUGUACAAUAAGGAAACCGAAGCAUUUGUUGAUACCUUCGAUAUGGUCGGUAUGGUUCCAAUCAAACUUUUCGAUGACUUCCUUAUGCAAGCAAGCGAAGUAGAUGUGGAAUCGGUACUCACUCUCCAUACCAAUCUAACCCAGACUAUGCCAUUCCUGUACAGCGGAUGUUCUUCUAGUAUUCCACCGGCUCCUCCCAUUCCAGUGGGGGCUCAUGGUUUUCUUAAGGCACUGCCCUGCAUGGCUCCCGGAGGAGCCAACAAAGAACUGAUACGUUUGGACCCAUACUACAAGAGUAGCGAGGCGAGAAGCAGCCGAACAGCGUUGACUACGGCCAUUGGACGGGCAGAAACACGUGGUGACAGGAGCAUGCGAUUGUCACCAAUGAAGAAGAAACCACCGGUUGGCAAUAUGGUGAAAUCCUCGCGGGAAAGAGAUCAACGAUCAAACUGGCUUUAUUAGAAUGAUCUCGCAAAAACUUAGGAAGCCAAUGCGGCCAUUUAUGUGUGCUUCAGUUUACGUAGUGUUUAAAAUUAUUUCCGUUAUUUUAUAUAAUUUUAUUGAAGCGGUGCUAAAGGUGCUUGUUUCGGCACCUUUAUGUUAAAUUUAUUAUAGUGUGAAAUUAAUUGGAUUAUUAUUUUGUUUUACGACUAUCUUUCGAUAACACUGACAUAUUUUUCUUCUUUGCCAUACUCAAGAUGUUCUCUUGUUUUACGGCGCUUACAUUACCCAUAAACGCAAAAUUGUCCCAUGUGAAAAAGAAAUCCAGCAUACAAGGGAAUGACAUGAGUUUAUGAGCA